CAGUUAUCGCAUAGAACGAGCAAUUACAAACAAUAAGCGAGAAAAUGUUAAUCUAAAAGACCAGAAUGUGAUUUUUAAGAGGAUGAUCUAUGCGGUAGACAUUCAUCGUAAAGCUAUGAAAUACUCCAGUUUUCUAAUAUCCAGCUUUGAGAGGACUUUCUUUCUUCUCAUUGCGUUAGGCGUGGUUAUCUUGAGUCUUAAUCUUUUUCGAGUCGUUCAGCUUGCAUCAUCCGGAGGCAAUAAAGAGGAACUUUUAUUUCGUUUCAUAUGUGUAAUUCUCAUUCUUACAUGUAUGUUUUUCUCCAACGAAAUCGGACAGGAAAUUACAGAUCACAAUGAUCAAGUAUAUUUAACUGCAUACAGAGUGAUGUGGUAUGCAGCGCCCUUACAUGUGCAGAAACUAAUAUUGUUUUUGAUACAAAGAGGUAACAAAACUUUCGGGUUGCAUGUGGGUGGAUUAUUUACCUCAUCUUUACAGUGUUUUGCAACGUUGGCGAGUACAUCGGUAUCUUAUUUUACCGUAAUGUACGCAACAGUGACGUAAAUACAUCAUUUAAUAGUACAUCGAAAUAUACUCUUUUAAGUCGGUAGCAUAUAAUUUAUCAGGCAAUCAGGUUAUUAGAGAUUUAUACUUUACCACUUACUCCAUAGUUGAUACAUCGAACUUAAGAUUAAUGCGACUAAUGUUUUCGCCAACGACCAAACGUGUUGCACGAGUGCUAGCACUGGAUUGAAGUAUU